AUUGAGUUGAAAAGGGAGUCGGCAGAGCAGGGAAAGUGAGUCGACCAACGGACACAGUGAGAGAAGGACCUCCAGGCUAAUACUAACGCAAACCCUUAUGUUACUUUGAAGGCUUUGUGAGCACACCUGCAGCAGCUUGACUUCCACCCGUUUAGCCUAUCUAGCGUAGCACCCAAGGACCAGGGAGCCCUGUAUAGUGAUCCCCAUAGCUCACACCUCCUCCGUGGUACCCCCCCCCCCCUCCCAGUCAUCCAGCUGGGCAUGAAGAUGUGUUUUAGUCUACAGAAGGCUGGACCAAAUACACUGUAAUACACUACAAAGAGAAAGAGGGGUUAAUCUGGCAAAAUCAUCAUUAAACCGAUAAUCCACACCAAGUACAAAGAAGAGAAAGGGGGACAACGACUAAAGGAAGUGGGAAAAGGAUAUAGAACAUCCCUUCAAAAUGGCGCAGAUCCCUCAGGUGUGGCACACCCAGGAAGAGAAAGUGGAUCUGGAUAUAAUGGGGGCUGUUGGCAGCCAACCCGAGUGCUCCAUCUGCUUCAACACCUACGACAACGUCUUCAAGACGCCCAAGCUGCUGGACUGUGCCCACACCUUCUGCCUCGAGUGUCUGUCACGCCUCAUGGCCAUUUCACUGGGAGAGCAGGAAGGAGGAGGCAGCAGCAAGAUCCUGUGUCCCUUCUGCCGCCAUCCCACCCUCCUGACCAAGGAGGGUCCACCGGCCCUGGCCACCAGCAGCGAGGUACUGUGUAAGCUGCCCAGCCACCAGCAGCACGAGGAGCCUGUGUGGCUAGACGGAGAGAAGCUGUGCUACAAACGAGCCUUGGAAGCCAGCCCCGAGGCCUCUAGCUCCACCUCGACCUUCUGCAUCUGCAUCGACAUAGGGGCCAGCAAAGCAGGCGAGGUCCCGGCUCAGACACGCCCCCACAACACGGCCUUUAUGAGGCGUCUGACUAGCUGUAGGCGGCUGCUGCUCUUCAUGGUGCUGAUGGUGCUGCUAGUGGUCAUCGUGCUGUGGCCCCUGCAGUGCAUCGUCACCACAGGCAACAUGUACUGCAUGCCUCGCCCUGUGGGCUCAAUACAAGGCUCAAUCACCACCACAGCUACCCCAUCUACCCCACCAGCAUAAACCAUUCCACAAAGGGAGCCUUUCAGUAAAAUACAUGUAUGUAGUAUGCCAGAUUCCACCGCUGCCACAUUCUCCUUCAGCUCCACUAAAGGGUAUCCAGCCACAGCCCCCCCCCCCCCCGGAUAUAGACUGGAUAGAGAACACAACUGUGAGAAACUCUGCACACUCUAUCCAGUUGUUUUAGCAAUUGAUAUUGGCAUGCUCAGCGUCAUUAUUCUGACAAGGAAGUUAGAAAUUCAUACAUGAAUUCCAAUUCUUGCACUUUGAUUAACUGAUUUUCCUUUUUUUUUUCUUUAUAACGUUAUUUUGCUGUAGAAAUAUAUGUGGAUGAAAUGUGUUGUAAUAUUCAGACACAGACCAUCUGGGUGAAAUUUAUUAAUAUCUACAUUAUCAGAUCUGAUGGCCACAGUGCAAUCCCAACUCAAAAUGUUCAGUUAAUAAAAAUUUGCAAGUUUAGCUGUCUUAUUACUGUUUUGAAAAAAUGGUAUGCCAAAACAUGAAAUUGUAAGUGUAUAUACAUGUAUAGUUGAUUGUACUAUUUUGAUAUAUAUUUUGUAUACAAAAUGACAAUAAAUGAAAAACAAAAACAGGCAUGGUCAAGGUUUUAGUUCUGAAAAAUAUUCUGUAUGUCACGGUUUUCCUCCUCUUCGUCUGAAGAAGAGAGGCGAGAAGGAUCGGAGGACCAACCAGAAUAUGGCUGCCUAAAUAUGGUUCCCAAUCAGAGACAACGAUAAACACCUGCCUCUGAUUGAGAACCACUCUAGGCAACCAUAGACUUACAUAAACAACUAAACUGAACACAACCCCAUUCAUCUAAUAAUCCCCUAGACAAGACGAACACAAUAAAUCACCCAUGUCACACCCUGGCCUAAACCAAAAAUAAUAAAGAAAACAAAGAUAACCAAGGCCAGGGCGUGACACUGUAGCUUUGUUUAUGAUAGUCUUUGAACAAAAUUAAGUACAGUAGACAUGGGUUGUUGGCCGUGGUAGGAACUAAUGAUUACUGGACUACCAUUCCCCACUUGCUGUUAGGAUCUUAUCUGGGUACACACCAGUAACCUGUAAGGAUUUUCCAAAUACACAACGAUUAUUACUAACAAUGUGUUGUAAACUGCUUCAAUGAAAUUGUGAACCCUUCCUCGUAGAUUAAGGAGUGGUCAUAACAGUAAGGAGUGGAAUUUCCUGUAUUGGUGUGAAAUUACUGGAUAGGUGUGUACAGGAGACCAAAGGUGAGGUCUGGGGGAGAAUCUCAAAUGCAUUUCCUUGAUUCCUUGCGUCCUCUUUGUUUCCUUCUCAAAAUCCAUUGGUUGAAAUAGUGAUUGUAUAGACUCUAUUUUGUAGAGUCUUUGUGAUGCAAGGUCACAAGUGUUGGGUCGUUCCACAAAACGAGUGCCUUUGAUAUUUUAAGUAGAAACUGUGCACCAGUAUUGAUUAUUUUACUAUUAAUAAAGACUUGCUAAAUUGUCAAAAUUCA